AUGUCGUAUCCCACCAGGUCAUUUUCAUCGCAAGUGCGCGCUUCGAGCUCAACCGCUUCAGCUCCACAGUCACCGGCAUUGUUGGCUCGAAUCGAAGAGAAGAAGGCAGAGCUUGAGAAUCUUAAGGAGCUGAGAGACUUGAGCGCGACAGUGGCAGCUCAGAUGGAGGCCUUGGAGCAGAAGCUCACCACCUUGUCAGACGGAACUGAGGUGAUUGCUGCUGUAGUUGGUAACUGGCAUAAUGUGCUUCGUGCCAUCAACAUGGCUUCAUCAAAACUGGCAAAAACAGCCGCUGGGCCUGCCACAGAAGACGCAUCAACAUCCGCGGUGCAACUACCUCAAACUCUAGUACGAAUUCCCACGGAGCACGCACCAACAUUACAGGCGCAAGCCGAAGCAGUAGAAGCGGCAGCCGACGAGUCUAUGACGGACGCAAGACUUCGCGAACAUAUUGGUUUCGGCCCCGCAAAGCGCCCACGGCCGCCCGAGUCCGGCCUGUCCGCGAAAUUAGACCACGGUUUUUUGGUCCUGUCGGCGAAGAAAACCCCCUGCGUGCGAAGUUUCCAGUCCAAUCACGCCCUCGGCGCUUCGCAGGCACCAUCUACAGCUGCUGCGACAAUGGCCCGGCGCAGCAUCGCAGUGUCGUCGCCGGCAGAGGACGUUGCCUUUGGCGUUGGGCAAAAAGGGGGCACUUGUGAUGUCCGCUUUGGAGCCGACAUCUUUCAGCGACCCGCGAGACCGGGCAGCUCUCGUGACGUUUACGAAAAACUGCCGACUCAUCACACGCCAAAGCAAAUAACGACGUCGAAGCGGAAUUUAGCGGGUGAUAGCGUCGUCCAGGAUCCCUGUCCAGGUCAACAUCACAACCAGGGUCACUGGCCAUCGGAUGUUGCUAUUACCAGUGAGCUGAAGAAACAUGGCAUAGCAACCUCUCCUCCGGCCCUCCGUCGAGCAGCCAGACAAGCCUCACCCCAAUUUCGUCGUCGACCAGCCGUUGAAACAGAGACUUUUCAGCCUCUCGAUUCCUUGCGAGAAGCGUCUACUCUGGACAUCAACAAGCACAAUUAUGAGAACACGGGGUCAUCCUCCACUCGUGCAUCUCAAGAGCGAUUCGCCCAAGUAUACGACCUACUAAGGGACACUAUUGGCGAACGCACCAUCUGGGAGCAGGUCAAGAGGCAUUCGGCAGGCCAGUUUGAAUGGCUGUUGACCCAUCUGCCGUCUCCGAAUUCCAGCAUUCACGACAGCUCCUCUGAAGGGUACGCGUCUGAGCACGGAGCUGACGGCAAAGUUUACGUCUGCAAUCUGGUGCUGCAGAAGAAGAGAGAGCCACAUAGCGACAGCGAGUGCCCGCUCAAUUCAUAUUAUCUGCUGGCGACGCCUCUGCAAUACAGCGCCAACUGGACCGUGGAAAUGGAGGAGCCUCGGAUCGCCGGUGACGACGAUUCCCUCACCUGGAUGGACCAUAGCCGUCCAGUAACGCCGCCAAUGAAGGUUCCCGAGAUUGUUCUCGCCGUUGAAAAUGCGGUUUCGCCAGCGUUUACCGCGGUGAGCGACAGGAGCUUUGGCGACAGCUCGUCACGAGCCACCUCAUUCUCGCUACCGCGGAUUGAGGACUCGCUGGAGGAGCUGGACCGGCUCGAGGACCAGUUGGAGGCAGUCAACGAGUUUACACAAUCUCAACAACUGGCUCUGCUGGCCAGACAACUACCAAAGGUUGCGUCUUACUCAACACCAGAAGAGGCAAUGAGAGCAUUCAAGAGAUCGACGGUAUCUGGUGCACCAGCCACAGUUCGCUCUAAACCUGCCGAAAAGGCCAUGAUUGCGCUGCCGCGUCGUUCUGCGUCUCUAACCGUUCGGGAGAAGAGCCCUGAAGAGCCAGCCAAGGGAUCCUCGAGUCGUCGGUCCGGCCUUGGUGUAUUCAUGUCUAAAGCCGGGAACACCCUGGCAACGGUGGCCAAGUCGUCUAUUCGCUCAUCGAAAACGCCUACAGUUCCCAGUUUUGAGUUGCCGGGUAAGGCUGUCGCUCGACGCUUGAGGGAAGUUCGCGAAACCCGCGAGGCGCAUCAUGCGGCGGCUCUCAAGGCGUUGGAGGCCCCCCCAAAGCCGAGAAGCAACAAGGCCUUGCCCAAGCCUACCUUUGAGCUACCUGGAGAUGCCAUUUCGCGGCGCAAGAAGGAGGAAAGUGAGGCUAAGCUGCGGGCCCAGGAAGAAGAGCAGCGCAAGAGACGCGAGUUCAAGGCACGACCUGCUCGGCCAAACUCUACGCCUAGCACGCUUCCCCGCGACACCGUGGCAAGCCGAGCUCGUCAGGCCAAGAUUCAGGAGGAAAACGCGGAGAGGCAGGCGGCCUUGUCUCACAAGGUCAAGCGACUGUCGCUGGGUCUCGUGCGCGAUGAGCCUACGACGCCCACCCCAAGCAAGGCGGAAAAGCAGCGUGGACGUGGCUCCAUGAUUGCGGUCGCAGAGUCUAUCAACCGGUCGAUACUUGCAUCCAUGGUCACAGGCACCAAGAGUAAGAAUUCGCUAUCCAUUGGGGACAUGAUGACCCGGUUCCGGUCUAAGAGCAAAGAGAUUCUGGGGCACGAUUCUGCAAGCAUCACGGAGAAGAAGAGUCACGAGAAGAGUGACAGACCGAUGACUGCCAAGGCUGCUCGAGACGAGGCUGCUGAGCGCUCUAGAAUAGCGAGUCGGGAGUGGGCAGAGAAGAAGCGUCGUAAGGAGGUGACGUCUCUGAAGCAAAUCACGGGGCAAUGA